AGUGUAUUCUCCGUGGGCCAUCGCUUUGCAUAGCUUGGUCAUAUGAAAACAUGAAGAAAGACUGCAUUCAUAGACGACAUUCCUUCCAGAGGAGUCUUUCUCUCAAGAUACAUCAAGUGACAGCCGGUCUCGAACGUGAAAGAAAAGUCUGUAUGUGCAUCAGCGAAUGGUUCAACUCAUAUACAACAUCCUUCUCGGCAGCUGCUAGCAGUGAGAGACCCCAUCAGAAACUGGUCUGCCAAGCAAGCCACCACGUCACAAACAUGCGGUAUCAGUAAGCAAGGAUGCGAGCCGCUAGCCGCCAGUAGAAACAUUCCAGCCACUCGACCUAGUCGGACAUGUAACGAUAACCGAAAAUUAGCGUCGAUCUAUUUAUUGUGGAUUAAAAACAUGUUUAGUGCAGUGAUGGGUGUUCGUGUUUCGAAAUGUGUGACAAGCUACGAAUUGUUUUACCAGAAAUUAUCAGUUCAAUGAGAAGAUGAUAUGCAGAUUAGUGAUUUUAAAAGUUUGUGUACAUACAUACACAAGGCAUACGUGUCUUGAAUAUCAGAAGUGCAUUAAAAUUUGUUGCAACCAAGUAGGCCAUAAUUAUAAAUGGCCUUCUAGAAAGUGUAACGGCGACACGAAAUUCGUAGGUGACCUUAUUAACUAACACAAGUACAUGAAACGAGUUCUGACAAGAAGUGGUUUAAUUUAUUUAUUUUUACCAGGUUUUUGUGUCUUGUAUUCGACGUUCCUAACCUCUCUUUUAAAAUCAGUAAUUCGUAAUCACUCCAGUAAAGUAGACCUACUAGUAACGUAAGUAAAACACAAUUUUGUCUGUUAUGAAUAUAUUUACAGGUUAGCUGCACCAUGCCAAAUUUGUACAUAUGAAAAGGUGCAAGUUUCAAAACCCACGUCUUUGGUGACGAAGCAUUUUUCUGUGUGCUGGAUGUCAUUUUGAGUCAGUUAGAGCUUUCCCUCGGUAAUAAUUCUAUGCAAUGUGUGCUAAAUAAAGCCAGUGAGGUUGUGGUGAGUGUAACAAGUCAACAACAUUGGCAAACAACCCCCCCCCCCCCCCCCCCCCAAGCAUCAUCUGUUAAUGAGUCUUGCAUCAAAGGGCAGCCACCAACAUAGUGAACUACUUGCAUCAACGCGGAUCGAUACAAAAUUACAUUGCGUGUGUGUGUGUGUGUGUGUGUGGGGCGAUAUUCGUAAAUUUACUCAGACAAACGUUUGAGCCCAUAAAUAUUUUUGGACAGUCACAGUUUGUAUUUGGUAUGCCCACAUAAAUUUUAUUUGGUUUUAGGUAGUGAAAAGGAGUGAUUUUCAACUGUUACAAUUUGAUGCACUUAAUGUUUAUUCAUUGAACGUCUUAUUCUGAACCUUCGAGUAUUAUAAAUCUAAUUUAAUUUUCGAUAUCAUACGUGUGGACAAUUGAAGUCAGCGGCUUUCGUCUGGAUGUUUGUGUAUCGGAGAUACCAUAUUUGUGUAACAUCGUACUCCAUAAUUACCAACUGCUUGUUUCUUAGUGAAGUGAAAAUAUCAAUACCUCCUCCAGUGUUAUACAGCGCCAUAUUAGAAUCUGUACAAAAGUCACUGCUGUUGCAUGAAGUGUGUGAUGUGUUUUGAUACGGGAGUGUUUGCAUGGACGUGGUAGUACUACGCGAUGGGCCGACUCAGCGGCCCACACAAGAGUUCUUCGACCAGCGCGGCCCGACCCAUGUUUCGUGUCCACUACCGGAAGCUUGUGGACGACUGCGGAGAGAACAAGGAUUCACUGAGCUUCGUUCCGCCUUUGCCCGACUACCUGUCUUACUGCUGUUGUCGGUGUGGCCACACGCAGAAACUCAAGGUAAGACAGUUUGCUGCAUGUCAUUCUUUGUACAACUUCAGAAUCAUCGAAGAGGCGGAGGAGCUGAAUUCGAUUGUGGGAAAUGCAUUUCGCAUGGCAUAUGCCGCUCAACUGCAGCGACAACCGACGUUUCAGGAUGUAAUUGCGUCGCAGUUGCAGGACAAGACCACACCCGUCGAGAACAACAAUACACGUAUCACCUGGACGAAGCAGGUAACAGGAGGUGGACGAUCAUCCCCUCGAGCUACAGACAGUGGCGACAACACAACGGCGGCCAUGAACGUGCAACUGAGUACUGCACCUCGACAUCCGGGGUCACCGACGUUGCGGCUAGCUGGCGUUAAGGCACCAGUCGCCGCUCCUCCAACUUCCAUCCCAGGGCUGCGUUCCCUGCACAACUUCAACAAUGUGACCACGGCGACGGGAACGUCUGUGGCACCGUCCGAAGAUGACCAGAAGAAUGUUCUUCUGAAUCAGUCACAGCAGAGCACACCCAGCAGUGAUGAAAGUAACUCCCCUACAGAUCUGAAUUCGUACAAACGUCUCACCGACAAGCCGCCGCUAAUCAAGCGAUUGGCUAUGGGUUUGUCAGGGGGUAACGGGGUCGUGUUAGGAGGGGGUGGAGACGAUAGUUGCCCUCUUGUGGUGAGCGGCGGUAGCCCCACAAGUCCCAGUAACCGUCCCCUGUCUGGUGGAUAUGUGAAUGAAGCCAUUACGGAGUCUGACUCUUCGAGAAACUCGGCAAAACCAUCGAGUGGAGGUGAUCUAGUGGACAACAACCGUGAAAUCCAGACCAAACACAUAGAAAUAGACAAUAACAGGUUGUCUCAAAGUUCUCCUGCUUCCACUGACCAGGACUUCAAAUCAAAGAGAAUCUCACAGAUCAGUUCCUGCAGUUCAGGGUCCUGUCCACUGCAGCCACCAGCAGAUGGCAGUACUCAUGGUUCCACUCCCACACCUCCCCCUCUACCAGAGCGCACCGAUAGCCUUAAUAACCGGACCGAAGAAGGUGAACUUCGGGCAGCACCCUGGUUCCAGGCAGGAAUACCACGUGAAAUCACCUUGGAGGUUCUUGGCCAGGAACCAGUUGGAGCCUUCAUGGUUCGUGAGUCCACAAGUAAACCUGGGUGUUACGCAUUAUCGCUAAGGGUUCCUCGAGACUUCCAACCUUCAGGAAUAGCACACUACCUCAUCAUGAGGACAAACAAAGGCUACAAGAUCAAGGGAUUUACAAAGGAGUUUUCAACACUCACAGCACUGAUCACACACCACUCAGUGAUGCCAGAAUUGCUGCCUUGCCCUCUCUCCUUAAGUCGCUAUAAUCCUAGUUUUGCCAAAUCGGACUCCAGUCGAGAUUUCGCCGACAUCGACUCUGAUCCCGAUUACAACACGUUAGCAGACUUCCGAAAAAUGAUGGCCGACCUCAACGUGUAGUAGCUAUACAUGAACUACAACCACAUUCUUUAAUCUUCUGUGAAAAUAUCUUGUAGAUGACGAGCUGGAUACAGCAAGAUAUUGCAGCAUAGUGGAUGAUCUCAUAUAUAGCUCAACUUCUGAGACUGUAGAAUGCAGUGUGCUUGCAGAAUUUCAAAAAGUUUACAUUGAUCAAUUUUCAACUUCUAAUGAUCCUUGUGCCAUAAACUAAACAGUGUUGAUACGUGCAAACCUAACCUAACCUAACAAGAGAAUCACUUUGUAUAUAACAAUUACAUGCUGAGGCACCAUAUAUGCAAAUGAAAUUAUCCAAGAUGACUCAAUAGCUUGUGCUCUAUGCUGUUUGUCUUUUUUUGUGCUGUAACUAACAUGCUAUUCAAAAAAUGAACUCGAAAGUAAUUACAAACCUCAGUGUUUAAUUAUCAUUACUGUUUGUGCUGGGCAAGUGUACAGACGAUAGACAGACACCGUGUCUUAUAAGUCUGCAACAUAUUGAACGUGACUACUAGCCUGUAAAAUGCUCCAAAUAAUUUAUCACUAAUUACAUGAACAUUAAAACUGGUCAGCAUAAUAAUUUUGAAAUUAAAGCUCUUCUUACUGUCUUGCAUAUAACUGACAAGAGUUUCAUCGAUAACGUUAUAAGGUUUUCUUCUAACAGAUUCCUUUUCAUUUUUCACUUUUGUAUGUUAAUUGUAUAAUAUAUGAAUAAAUUUGUCAUCAGUCGUCAUUUGCUUUAGAAUUGUAACCAAGCUGACUAGUCGGUGAGUAUAAGUUCUAUGAUUAAUAUUUUCUCAAAUGUUGUGUUGUCAGGUUCUGUGUUAUGUCUGAAAUGCUCUAAGUAUUAACGACACUGUAGACAGAUAUUGAAAGGAAGAUGGCAUCCAGAUUAAAUGUGUAGAAAUGGUAUUAAGUACCAUGAAUAAUGUUGUUCAUGUGUGCAUAAAAAAAUGUCCGUGGUGUUUUAGAAUUGCUGCAGGAUUAUUUGCUACGAAUUACAUGGGACCAAUACAUAACUCAUGACAGCUAACAUUUUUAUAGUUAUCUCGAAAAGAGGCAAUAUAUUAAGCAUACCAAAAAUAAUAAUUUAGCCACAUGUUAUGGUAUAUUUUUACUGAUUUGCCAAUAAUUACAUCACCUUACUUUGCCAGAUUGUCAAAAGUAUACGAUUGUCCACUGACUAAUACUCUUAUGUUCAUAACUUUAUGGUCUUGCUAGUAUUGGCAUCUGCUAGUAACCUUUUUUGGAGAUGUAUGUACUUUUUUCUUAGCACAAGGCCUCAGUUUUUGAUGGCCAAAAACAAAACAUGAAUGCUGUCAUUAUGAAUUUCCCAUUUUGGGGGAUGUUCCAAAAACAAAAAUAUUUCCACCUAUUUUCUGUUUCUGUACAAAUCAGAACACUUUCAUAGGCAGAAAUUAAGUAAUAAUCUUAAUGCAGGUGUUACAAUAUUUCAUUCACUUAAAAACAAAAUCAAGUAUUAAAAAAUAUGGCUGAGCCCCCCAACCCCCUUAGACCCUCUAGGCAAAUUCCAGAAUUGUGCCAUGACUUCUUACUUUCAUAUCUUUUCCAGUUCAUUUACAUAAAUCUUCCUAUAAAUAAGCACACAAACAACUUUAACACUGUAAAGGAGACACUAUUGCCAUACGCGUUUCAACCUUAAAAGGUUAUCAUCAGUGGCAUCAGGGAAAUCAAUGCAUUUAAUUAAAUGGCUCAAAACUUGAUUUAGAAAAUAAAUAAUGGAUAGGAUAUUUGACGAAAAGUACUAUAAGCGACACUGCACCGAAUGUUGUUGUUCAUAGGAAUAGACUCUACACUUAGCUAUUUAUCCGGAGGUCUGGUGGCCGUAGCUGGUCUGCGGCAAGCUGUAGUUUCGUCGUCCGUACCUGUGAACUCCAGAACAGUGGGCGAGAGGUUGCUUCAGUUUUAACAUAGUUCUGCUUGUUUUAUAUGUGUGUAUGUAUGUUUUUAUUAACGAACGAACGAAUUAAAGUGUUUUUAUUGCCUAGUUAUACAGACAGACACAUAAUAUAUAGUUCAGAAUGCUACAAAUGAAUAUAGAAGCUAAAGGUCUAACUUACAUGGAUACAUUAAACUUUAGUAUGUUAGCCCGACAUGUUAAAUUCUUCUUUCAGACAAAUCAGUUCAUCUCAGAUAAACACUUGAGAAAAUACAAUCAUUAUAAACACUCCUUAAGCAAAUGAUGAAGGAAGAUAUAUGCAAUGACCAUAAAUUUUUCCAUGUAGCCUUCUUUGUGUAUUUACUAGAAAGUGUUAGUUGGAGGUGAUUUCCCAUAGUAUUAAUUAAAGAUAAAGCAAGAAGGUCAGAACAUACAUAUUUCAAUGAUGACAUAAAGAUUUUAGAUUUUUGUGUCAUGUAGUAAUAAUAAGCUUAUAACAAAGGUAUAGAACAGUGGUCCCCAACGCGGUGCCCGCGGGCGCCAUGGCUUUUUUUGGGUGCCCGCGUUGUUACGG